AUGGAUAGGGAAGGAUGUAACUUGUCAAACAAUCCAGAUACAGAGGAUUUAGAUGACCCAAUUGAAUUAUCUCCAAUGCAAUAUCAUUUGGCAUCAUCACCACAGUUUGAAAAUGUUGAAAACAUUGGUCAUGUUGUGUCAAGUGAAUGGACCCCAUGGGGAAACACUCUUAUGGGACAUCCAACUGGAGAGUUCAUAGUUGGACAAAUAUUUAAUUCCAAAGGAGAUUUGCAACAUGAUGUAAAGAUGUACUCUAUUAAUUCGCACCAAGAGUAUAUCGUUUUGUCAUCCACAAAGAAAUUGUUGGUCCUAAGAUGCAAGAAAGCUGAACAAUCUCAAUGUCCUUGGAGACUACGUGCUACAGUUGUUAAAGGGACAUCUUUAUUUGAGAUCAACAAAUAUAGUGGCCCACACACAUGUGUCAAUCCUUGCAUGAACCAAGAUCAUCAUCAGUUAGACUCAAACCUGAUAGCCGCCCAUAUAGAGGGAAUGAUUAAGACACAAUUCACACUUUCAGUGGCUGCCAUUCAAGCGAGUGUUGUAGAAAGAUUCGAGUACCAUAUCUCAUACACUAAGGCUUCGAAAGAGGUAUUUCAGCGAGUCUUUUGGGCAUUUCAUCCUUCCAUAGAGGGCUUCAAGCAUUGUUGUCUUGUGUUAACUAUUGAUGAUACACACUUGUAUGGGAAGUAUAAGGGCACUGUAAUGAUUGCCAUGGGCUGUGAUGGAAAUAAUCAAUUGUUUCCUCUUGUUUUUGCAUUAACUGAGGGUGAAAAUGUUGAUAGUUGGGGAUGGUUUUUGGCAUGUAUUAGAAAUCAAGUAACUCAAAGGAGGGGUCUUUGUGUUAUCUCUGAUCGUCAUCCGGGCAUUAUGGCUGCGUUUGCUGAUAUUUAUCUUGGUUGGUCUGAGCCAAAUGCAUAUCAUCGAAUUUGUAUGCGCCAUCUUGCUAGCAACUUUAUGACUCACUUUAAGGACAAAUGCUUGAAACAACUUUUAUGCAGAGCCGCCUUAGAAACUAAAGUAGAAAAAUUCAACAUGCAUAUGGAGACAAUUGGGAGAAUCAAUCAAGACGCACUCAACUGGUUGGAGGCUAUUCCCUUUGAGAAAUGGGCAUUAUCACAUGAUGGAGGUCGACGAUAUGGCAUAAUGACUACAAACAUGUCAGAAGUGUUCAAUAGUGUGCUUAAAGGGGCACGAAGUUUCCCUAUCACCGCAUUUGUUCAAUUGACAUUCUAUCGAGUUAAUAGUUACUUUGCUAUAAGAAGAGAACAUGGUGCUAGUCGACUUGCUUCAGGUGAACAAUACACUCCUUAUGUUGAUGCUAAGAUUAAUGCAAAUGUUGUUAAGGCAGGUUCUCAUGAGGUUGUUUUGUAUGAUCACUUCCAAGGAUUGUUUCAUGUGAAGGCCAGUAGGGGUAGUAAAAAGACAUUAUCUGGUGGAAAAACACAUCGUGUUAACCUACGUGAGCAUGGAUGCACAUGUGGCAAAACACUCAUAUAUGGAUUCCCAUGUAGUCAUAUUCUAGCGGCAUGUCAUUUUCUUUCAAUUGAUUUUAGAUCAUUUGUUCAACAUUAUUACACUAUACAAUGGUACUUUAGCACUUGGGCACCACUGUUUAACCCCAUACACAAUGAGUACGAGUGGCCACCAUAUGUUGGUCCAGUUAUUGUGUCUGCAGAUUCAAUGAAACGUGUGUCAGGUGGACAACCUAAAUCUACUCGUUUGCACAAUGAAAUGGAUGUUAGAGAAUGUAAAACCUCAGUUACAUGUGGUUUGUGCAAACAAAGUGGUCACAAUCGUCGUUCUUGUCCAAAUAAGAACAUGGGUGUUGGGUCUUCAUGA